CAAUGAAAUCGAUGAGUAUGGUGGGAGGGAUAUGUGUAAAAUAAAAGUGUUCAUAGUAUUAGGAAUCUAUGAUAUUUAAAAUAAACAACCAAUAAGUGAAGGUGCAACUGUGGGAUACUGCAGGACAGGAGAGAUUCAGAUCACUCACUAAAAAUUAUUAUUGAG